CGCGGUGGGGGUCUGACCGCUGGGACACAUUAUACAUGAGUGCGUUUUUGGACAGUAAAACUAUGCCAAAAAGCAGGUCUACUUUAAAGGGGUACUCCGCUGCCCCAACGUCACGCCACGCCCCCUCAAUGCAACAUGCCCCCUCCCAUACACUUGCAUUGAGGGGGGUGGCGUAACAUCGGGGAGUGAUUCAAACUUUUAUUAAGGAAGGGGGUUAAAUGAUCUUUAUUCACUUUAUUUUUUUUUUGCUAUGUUAUAGCUCCCAUUGGGGGCUAUAACACUGCACACACUGAUCUUUACAUUGAUGAAUGGUUCAGGAUGCCGCGAUUUCGAACAGCUCCCUGAGCUAACCGGCAGUGCUUUACUUUCACUUUAGAUGCGGCGUUCAACUUUGAAUGCCCCGUCUAAAGGGUUAAAAUGGGAGUGGUUGCAGUGGUGCCACCUCCUCCUAUCCCCUGCCAUUAGUCAGCAAUGAGUGCUGACCAAUGGCAGUUGAAGACGGGGGGGUUGCCAUGGAAACCCCCACCCCUGGAUGUCGGGCAGAACAGGGGAAGUAGAUGGUGGCCGGUAACUGAGAAGAAGAUGCGGUGGGGACCGGCGAUCAUCGGUGGCAUCAGCGGAGAUCAGCGGCGCAGCUAUGUCCCAGGCUGCACACUGAUUUAUAGGGUAGAAAAGCCCAUGGAGAAGCUCUGGAGACUUCAUACUGCUAUAUCCCUUGCUGCUCAGUGUGCGUGGCUGACUGGAGGAACUGCUCAAGUCAACAUCUACACUUUACAUCAGUUAACUCCUUCAGUAUCAUCUACCUUCUGCCACUAUUUACCUUUUUGUUGGAACUGUUUAAGAUCUGUGUCUUCACUGUGUGGAAGAAGUUCAGUAAAAGUUACCCAUUAUGCUACAACACCCUUGACUAGUCAGACUAGUGAUGGUAAGCUUGGUGAUGAGAUUUUAAGGCAUCAUGGUGGACAUGCUGAGAGGGAGCACAGAGCCCUUGAUCCAACAUUAGAAGUUCAUACUGAGAGCAGUGGUGAGGAUCAUGAGGAGGAGUUGGAUGAUGAUGAUGUCAGCAGGCCUGUUGGCAGGAUUGAUGACUUUGUCUCAAAAUAG